GUAGUCAACCUCUCUCUCUCUCUCUCUCUCACUCACUCUCUUUGUCCCAGUCUCUCUCUCUCUCUCUCUCUCUCUCUCUCUCUCUCUCUCUCUCUCUAGUGAGGGGGCCACGUCGCUGCUAGGGCUUCUCAUAAAUGUAUGUGAUGUGUUAUGCAAUAAAUGGAGCCUGCGAUUCAAUCGAAUGUCAAUGGCGUGGAGACAUGCGCGAUGGAGACCCAGGACAUUGUGAAGGGUAUCGCAGUUGUCAGCAACGAAGGGAUAUCCGCCGGAGCAAACACCACAGACUGUGCAGUGGUCCUUGCGGCAAUUUGUGAGCAGACUGCAAACAUGAUGACGGAUGGUGAGGCCAGUGAGAAUGAUGCAGGGUGUGUUGUUGCAGACGAGAAUGUGGUCAGGACGUCAGCAGGAACUCUCUUCCCCUAUGACAUCAAUUGGGUGCCUGGUCGUCUUCAACCGGGUAUCGUUGGAGGAGCGCCGUGCUUCACGUUCAAAGUCAAUGGGGAAUGGGUUCCAUAUCCCGCCCCCAAAGCGACGUCGUGGAGGGGCGUGACUCUGUCAAUCAUCUUCGACAGAGUGCUGAGGUUGAACGAUGAGGUGAGCGCUGACGACAAAUCGCGGCACAUGUUGAAACUGUGGCAUGUUCUGGACGCGAAGGGCGAGUUGAGGCUCAAUGAUUUUGAGUACGACGGUGUCGACUGCGGAGAGUCAUGGGUGAUUGGCGGGUUGGACAAUGCAGCGAGUUCGGUUUGCCCACAGAAUGAUGCCAGGAGGGAUCCACGGUGGGGUUGGGUGCCACAUGACGCCCCGCUUCUUUGUGGCCGUGUGAAGGUGCCGAUGCGUGAUGCCAUCGGGAAUGUAUGGACCACGUGUUAUAUCAACGGCAGCUUCUCAUCUAGGCACCUGAAGAGGGAGGUGACUGAAGAGGAGAAGAUGGCGAUGGUUUGUUCCACCCCUGCUGCUCGUUGUUUUUCGCCGCCUCUUCGGAACCCUGUGGAGCUCGAGGUGGCAGAGGGGAAAGUGUUCGUGGGUGACCAUGGGUACACAUACACGCAUGCCAGAGGGGAGAACGCUAAUGCUGAUGGAAUAACCACGCUGGUAUGGAACCCAUUCAACCUGAACCCUGACGUUCUGGCUGCCAUAGACAUUGCGGUCCAUGUCAUCCCUGAGGGGCAGUUGCAGCAGCAUGUGGCCCCUCAGAAGUAUAGAUAUCGUGUGAAUUGGGUCCCAGGAUGUCUGCAGCCGGCAACAGUUGAUGGCAAGGUGACCAUGGCAGCGAAACUGCAGACAGGCCAUUGGCUGCCCUUGGGGUGGAUGCAUGCAGGCAUGGUGGAGCAGUGGCAGUUCCUGGUGGUAGUGGCACGUGUCUCCAUUUUCAAUGCAGAUGUGAAGGACCACGUGCUGGUUAGAGAAGAGGUCGAAAGACAAAGCUUGUGCAUCAUGUCGAUGUCGGUAGCACAGGUGGCGAAGGCUCUCACAGAGGUGAUGAAGUAUGCAGAGGAGGGCUUCCACUACAACAGCCGUGGCGAGUUGUCUUUGUUGGAGGAGAGGGUGUCGGGGUACUUCGCUGUUAGCGUGGAUAUGAGAUCCACGAUCAUGGCCAACGGCAGUGGUUGUGUGCAGGCACGAACACUCUUGGAACGAUUGAGAGAGUCACCUGAUGUUCGUGUGGACAGCGACGCGGAAGACAGCCCAUACAGUCUAAAAGGAGUUGUGCAGUGGAUGUGCAGCGAAGGCAUACACAGCGGACCCCAAGUGGAAGAAGAGGAGGAACACGACCGUUCCGCGCCAAAGAAGUCAGAUGGUGCGGAGGACGAGGAGUCAGGAAACGAGGGAGACGACAACGAUUCUUCCCGCAGACAAUCGCAAGACACCGAUGAGGACGACGAUAGCGACGGCAAGUCGGCCAGCGAGAGAACCGGCGAAGACCAGAGCGCCGCUUCGGAAAGAGGUGGUUCGCCAUUUCCUUCGAGGACGCUGCGCAGAGAAGGAGAACGGCAGGCACGCAAUGGCAGCGACACCGAGGAGCGUGUCGUGCGUGCAAGCGGCGGAGCCGUGCAAGGACCGAAGGACGAGGGCGCCGCAUUCGCGAAGAAAAUGAAGGGCAAGCUGUUGCGUUCCGUCGCCAAAGCCUUUGAGUUUUCUGCAGCAAACGACGCAACUCUCUACCCGAUAGAGGACGCGUUUUUCGCGGCGGUGCAAGCGACGGCGAAACUGGCAGGGGAGACAGCAGAGGAAGGGUUGCGGUCUCACAUAGCAGAGUGCGGGAUUCGAGCUGUCAUAGGGGAAUGCAACAGAAUGAUGACGACGAUCCGUGGAGAGAUUACAUGGCAGCUGAAAUAUUGGUUUUGGGCUGAAAAAGGGAUUCCGCUCGUCGGAUCGCAGCAAACGGACCACCACCUCCCCGCUCGCAACAAGAUGCGCACCGAGAUGAAGGAGAACAAGACGUGGAGACGGAGCGGUGACGAUCCGUGGGGCGCCCCCGCCUUCAAGACGGCACUCUUAAAAGUUUUUCAGAUGAGGAAGGAAGGCCGGAACCUGGGCGUCACCCUGCAGCAACUGGGUUUUGCGGAGAUGGUCAUUCAAUGUGAGAUAGAACAGACAACGAAGACGACACGAGCUGCGGAGCAGAUAGAAAAAUUGGUAUCUAUAAAGCAGACAAUCGUCUCAUCUCUCCGUAGCCGAGACACGGUAAUGAGUUUUUCCGUCUUCAAACUGGACCGUUCCGUAUCCGUGGCUGAGAAGGCAGCAACGCUCUUUCGCUCUGGCACGCCGUCUGUCCACAGGCCUGGGCCUCCAAGCACCACAAUAACGGAUGACGAUUACGACAUCGAGUUCAUUCUCCCUCAGAGUACGGCAGCCGGAGACGGGGACAGGUGCACCGACAGUCUGUGCGCCGCACCCUGAACAACGAGGGGAAGUUUGGCGACAUUUCGACAUGGAAGGGAGGAUGCGGGGCAAUGACCAAACGG